AUGCUCGAUUUUAAUUCGGGCUCCCUUGCUGCUGCAACUUGCGCUCUUCUUUUGGUCAUUGCUCUGACUUUUCCAUCCGUCUCUUCUAUAAUUUCUCUUUUUCAAGCAAAGGGAAAGCAAGUCCCCAAUACAUACACAGAUAAUGAUGGAAUUGCCACCGAAGAAACAAUCGCUGCCUUUUCAACAAAAAUUCCAAAGACAGUACUCAUUAUAUCUACACUUCUCGGAUUUACAACUUCUAUAAUUCUGGCCGUUUUGGACCUCUUUCAUUAUGAUGGAUUGAAGCUUGAAGAUUGGCUCAAUGUCGCAUUAUGGUCAUUCAUUCUGAUCCAAGCGCUUAGCACUAUCUUGAUCAGAAGUCCUACCAAAGCAUAUACAAAUGGUGCUCGUACAGCUAUCUCCGCUGUCUGCCUCUUUUGCAUGUGUCUCUACCAAGAUGGCCUUAUCGUGGAGGAUCAGUCCGCCCAGGUUAACUUCCGUUCAAGUGCGACUUUCUGGCUCCGCAUCUCUCAAUUGAUACUCGCACUGUUUGUCGCCAUCUCCGCCAUCUCAUUUCCACGUCGUCCACAUGUGACCAGAGAUAAGCACCCCGUCGAUGCCAUGUAUUCCGUUUCUGCUCUUGAUAGAUAUACUUUCUCCUGGGUUGGAGAUCUAUUGGCUUUAGCCUAUAGCAAAAAGCGUCUAGAACUACAAGAUCUACCUAAAAUGGACCAUCAUACUAGGUCGAAGGAUCUCAGUGAAGCAUGGGAGGAAAGGAAGCAUACUCGGGCGCUUUGGAUUGAAAUUUUCUUGGUACACAAAUCACCUUUCAUCAUUCAAUGGAUCCUUACAGUCUUCCAGGCCUUUGGAAAUUUCGCACCUCAAUUUGUGACCUUUCAGAUUUUAAAAAUGUUAGAACGUCGUCAACCUGGAGACGAAGUCCCUUUAGGAGCUUGGAUUUGGGUAGCUACAUUAUUCUUGGUCACUCUCGCUGCAGCUUGGAUUGAAUCCUGGAUGUUCUGGAUUUCUUGGGCUGAACUUGCCAUUCCAAUUCGGUCCCAGUUAUCGUCUCAAAUCUUCCAAAAAGCCAUGAGACGUAAGGAUGUGAAAAGUGCAGCUAGAUCUGAAAAGAAGCCUACUGUUGCGUCUGAAGAAACUCAAGAGUCGAUUGCCCAGCAUGGACCAGAGGAAGAAGAAGAGGACAGUGAUCCAAAGGGGAAACAAUCUACAGUCAAUUUGAUCGGUGUAGAUGCCAAGAGAGUUUCAGACUUUUGCUCAUUCAACAACUACUUCGCGGGUUCGGUUUUCAAACUUGUCGUCUCCUUUUCUUUCUUGAUCAGUAUCAUUGGAUGGAAGAGUUUGCUGGCGGGAAUAUUGGCUAUGUCUUUAACUGUUCCUAUUAACAUUUACUUUAGUAAACGUUAUUCAGCAGCUCAAGACAGACUAAUGAAAGUCAGAGAUGUUAAAAUGGCAGUUGUGACUGAAGCACUUCAAGGUAUCCGUCAAAUCAAGUUCUCCGCACUAGAAUCGAAUUGGGGCAACAAAAUUGGUCUAGUCCGAAAGAAGGAGUUGGACGAGCAAUGGAGUGUUUAUCUCAAUGAUACGAUGUUACUCUUCUGCUGGAUCACAAGCCCUAUCGCUCUUGCUGCAGUAGCAUUGGCAGUAUAUGCUUACCUCAAUGAAGUUCUUCUACCUUCAGUCGCAUUUACUGCGAUAGGUGUCUUCGUCAAUCUGGAGGUUACCCUCAGCGUCAUUCCGGAACUUACCACGGACUUGAUUGAUUGCUAUAUUUCUAUUAAUCGUAUCCAAAGAUAUCUCAACGGAGCUGAAAUAUCCGAAAGUACCGACGAUGCUCCCAACGUUUCCUUUGAAAAAGCUUCAAUCGCAUGGCCAUGUGCUGAGGGUGAAGAUGAGAUGGACGGAAACGAACGAUAUGUUUUAAGAAAUGUAGAUGUCUCCUUCCCCGAAGGAGAAUUGAGUGUCAUCAGCGGUAAAACUGGAACCGGAAAGAGUUUGAUGCUAGCAUCAAUUCUUGGAGAAGUUGAUAUUCUUGCUGGUAAGGUCAAUGUUCCUCGUGGACCAAAAGCCAAAGACCGACAUGAUCAUCUUGCCAAUAAGGAUAAUUGGAUCAUUCCAUCGUCGAUUGCUUUCGUUGCUCAGAUUCCAUGGAUCGAAAAUGCUAGUAUCAAAGACAACAUUCUUUUCGGAUUACCACUUGAUGAAGAUCGCUAUCAAAAAGUUGUCGAAUACUGUGCCCUCCGCAAAGAUUUGGAAAUGCUUGGCGACGGUGAAAAUACCGAAAUUGGUGCGAAUGGUAUUAACUUGAGUGGUGGACAGAGAUGGAGAGUCACAUUUGCUCGGGCGCUCUAUUCUCGUGCAGGUAUAUUGGUUCUCGACGAUAUCUUCAGUGCGGUUGAUGCUCAUGUUGGUCGCUUCAUUUACGAAAAAGGUCUCACUGGUGAACUUGGUAUUGGACGCACACGUAUUCUUGUUACUCAUCAUGUUGCUCUUUGCAAGGCCAAAGCUAAAUAUCUCGUUGAACUCGGUGAUGGAACGGUUGAAAGUGCAGGUCUUCUUUCGGAAUUGGAAGAAGCCGGUACACUUGAACGCAUCAUCAGCCACGAAGAAACACCGGAACAAAUCGCUGAGGAUCAAGCUCCUGUUACGGUAUCGGAAUCAUCUACAGUCAUUAAUCCAUCUGUAUCUUCUGACGAUGAAAACACUGAUGAAAAUACCUUAGCAAAGGUUGUAUCACGAAAGGAUGAUCCAAAGAAAUUCGUUCAAGAAGAGACAAGAGAGCGUGGUAGUGUCAAGGUAAAGGUCUACGGACAUUAUCUUCAUGCUUCUGGUGGAUGGUCUUUCUGGAUUCUUGUUUUGUUUGCUUUCAUUGGUCAACAAUGCUUGAUCACUGGUCGCUCUUGGUGGUUAAAACUUUGGACGUCAAGCUACCAAGAAUCUAGCAUUACUAACUCCAUGUUCACAACUCAGGCCAAUCACUUACCCUCGUACGGAAACGCACAGAAUUCAUCUUUCCAAGCAGAAGCUAUCAAACAUGACACUACGUUCUAUUUGAGUAUAUACGUUGCUCUUUCGGCAGUAUCUGCUGUUGUAGGAACUCUCCGAUAUUUCUACGUUUACACUGGAUCUAUUCGUGCAUCUAAGAUUCUUUUUGAACGACUUUGCUUUACAGUUUUAAGAACACCUUUAAGAUGGAUGGACACAGUACCACUUGGUAGAAUUUUAAAUCGAUUUACUGCCGAUUUCAAUGUUGUUGAUGGAAGAUUGGCCAAUGAUUUUGCAUUUGGGGCAAAUAACUUUUUUGGAUUGAUUGGAAUCAUUUGCACCGGUGUAAUCGUCUCUCCAUGGGUACUCCUCAUGUCUGCAGUUCUUUUGGCAAUAUGCGUCUAUGUUGCACUUCUCUAUCUCCCUGGUGCACGUGAAGUCAAACGUCUCGAAUCAACCGCCAAAUCCCCCAUCUUUGAACAGUUCGGUUCCGCUCUUACAGGUGUAGGCACAAUUCGCGCAUUUGACAAAACAGAUAUCUAUAUCAAAAGCAUGUGGGCCAAAAUCGACGAUCAUUCAACUACAUUCUGGCAUCUCUGGGUCUUCAAUCGAUGGAUGGGAUGGAGAAUGGCUUUUGUGGGUGGAUUAUUCUCAACGAUCGUGGCGAUAGUCAUUAUUUUGCUUCCGGAAAUUGAUGCUGCGUUGGCUGGAUUUGCGUUGAGUUUUGCGCUGGCUUAUGGUCAAACAGUUAUGUGGACUAUUAGACAUUAUACUAAUUUAGAACUUAAUAUGAAUGCGGCAGAACGUAUCGUUGAAUACUCAAACCUCAAAACCGAAUCUCUAGAAGGAUCGGAUCCACCAGCAGCAUGGCCAACUGAAGGUCGACUCGAAGUUAAUGAUUUGAUUGUCUCAUACGCAGAUGAUCUUCCACCAGUUCUCAAAGGUCUUACUUUCCGAGUCGAACGUAGUGAAAGAGUCGGAGUAGUAGGACGUACUGGAGCCGGUAAAUCUUCAUUGACACUCGCACUCUUCAGAUUCCUUGAAGCUCGCGAAGGAACAAUUCACAUUGAUGGUCUCGAUAUUUCAAAGAUUAAUUUGCAUUCGCUUCGUUCGAGAUUAGCGAUUAUCCCACAAGAUCCAGUACUUUUCUCUGGAACAGUUAGAUCUAAUCUCGAUGCUUUUGAUGAACAUACAGACUCGGAACUUCGAGAUGCUCUAGAACGUGUACAGCUUAUUCCACCAACUGGACAAAACACUCCCUCAACAUCCGGAACAUCGACUCCUUCGCUCUGGAAAAACAAGAAUCUCUUCACAUCCCUGCAAUCCCCAAUUACCGAAGGUGGACUCAAUCUUUCGCAAGGUCAACGACAACUACUCUGUCUCGCCCGCGCUAUUGUUUCACAUCCGAAAAUCAUGGUACUAGAUGAAGCAACCUCGGCAGUGGACAUGGAUACCGAUGCAUUGAUUCAAAGAUCUAUCAGACAAGAAUUCACAGAUAGCACAUUGAUUGUUAUUGCACAUCGACUUAGUACGAUUGCGGAUUUUGAUAAGAUUUUGGUAUUGGGCGAGGGCAAAGUGGUGGAGUUUGGAAAGCCGAAGGAGUUGAUGGAGUUGGAUGGGGGAGUCUUUAGAGGAAUGGUACAGGAGAGUGGGGAGAGGGAGAGGUUGGAGGAAUUGAUUUUGGGGGAGUAG